UUCCCCGAUAUUUUCGAGAUUUUCUCCUAUCCCGAACCGGCCUCUUCAUCUCCCGGUUCCGUAAUUUUCCCAAUUUAAUGGUAAGAACGACGGACUUCAUCGGAUACAGGUGACUGAUUAUCGUUGAUUCUCAGUCUUCGCCGCCGCAAUUGUCGGCUUUCUGGGUGUCAUAGUUUUCGUCCCGUAAGGAGGAAGAGGAAGCUUAACUAUAUAACUGGGUUUGGUUGUUUUUGAGAUCUUCAAUUGGAUGCAAAGGGAAUUGAUGAUAUCAGUGCAAUUGCUAGAUGCUCUUUGCUGAACGAGAGGAAAAUGCUUGAGAAUUGGAAGAAACUGCACAUCAGAUUGACGGUUUUAUCAGUUGAUAUCUCUUGUAUAAAAUUUUAAACUUAGGGGGGGGGGGUUGAAGGCUUGUGUCAUAUGCUUUAAGGAACAGUACAACAAUGGAGUCUGGCUCAGAGAAACGAUUUCCUCUCAAUGCAAAAGACUACAAGUUAUUCGAAGAGGUUGGAGAUGGAGUCAGUGCCACUGUGUAUAGAGCUGAAUGCGUUCCACUUAAGGAGACAGUUGCAAUCAAGGUUCUUGAUCUGGAAAAGUGCAACAACGAUCUGGAUGGCAUUCGGCGAGAAGUACAAAUGAUGAAUUUGAUUGAUCAUUCUAAUGUGUUACGAGCACAUUGUUCCUUCACCACUGGGCACCAGCUUUGGGUUGUAAUGCCUUACAUGGCUGGAGGAUCCUGUCUCCAUAUAAUAAAGUCUGCUUAUCCAGAUGGAUUUGAGGAACUUGUUAUUGCUAGUUUGCUUCGUGAAACUCUGAAAGCUCUUGUGUACCUUCAUGCCCACGGGCACAUCCAUAGGGAUGUCAAGGCUGGAAAUAUUUUAAUUGACUCUAACGGUACCGUUAGGUUAGCUGAUUUUGGGGUCUCAGCUUGCAUGUUUGAUACUGGGGAUAGACAACGUUCUAGAAAUACAUUUGUUGGAACUCCAUGCUGGAUGGCUCCUGAAGUGAUGCAACAAUUGCAUGGAUACGACUUCAAGGCGGAUGUAUGGUCAUUUGGAAUCACAGCACUUGAAUUGGCUCACGGCCAUGCCCCAUUUUCCAAGUAUCCGCCAAUGAAAGUCUUGCUAAUGACCUUACAAAAUGCACCCCCUGGACUUGACUAUGAGAGAGACAAGAGAUUCACAAAGUCCUUCAAGGAAUUGGUGGGUGCGUGCCUGGUGAAGGACCCAAAGAAGCGUCCAACUGCAGAAAAGCUUUUGAAGCACCAAUUUUUCAAGCAAGCACGUCCACCUGUUUAUCUGGCUCGUACAAUCCUUAAUGGACUUCCUCCAUUAGGUGAACGUUAUAGGAUGCUAAAGGAAAAGGAAUCUGACCUUCUAAUGCAAAACAAAGCUGAAUACGAGGAGCAACUAUCACAGCAAGAAUACAUAAGGGGGAUAAGCGCUUGGAAUUUUAAUCUUGAGGACCUAAAGAAUCAGGCUGCGCUUAUUCCAGAUGAUGAUGAUGUUUCGCAUGCUGAAGAGCCAGAUAUCAGCAGAAAGCUAAGAGAAAGACAUGAUGAAUCUGGCCUUUCCCCUGAAAGGGCUAGCAGUUCUGCAACAGUACCCAAUCAGGAGGAUGAAUUGAAUGAUAUUCAAGAUUUGGAGGGUUCUCUCGCUUCAUUUCCAAUCAAACCUCUUCAAGCUCUCAAAAGCUGCUUUGACAUUGGAGAGGAUGAUGAUAAUGCUACUACUCCUGAUUGGAAAGAUGUAAGCCAAGUGAAUUCUGGACAACAGCUUUUAGGAAAGUCCUCCGCUGGAUCUCUGGCCCAUACCGCAAGAGAUAAGGAGACAACUACACAAAACAUUUCUUUACCGCGUCAGUUCAUUCCUGAACAGAAAAAGUAUUUGAGCGGUUCGCUCAUACAAGAGAGUGCUCCCAAACGAAUCACCAAUGAUGCUGACAGGGAGUUUCAACAGUCAAAACAUCCAGCCGAGCGGAGCUACAGUGGACCAUUGUAUCCUCGCAUGAGGAGAGAUACCAGCCUUCCAUCUGUGGACGACACAUCAGAAGGUACAGUUGUUCAGCGCAAGGGACGGUUUAAGGUGACAUCAGCAGAUCUCAGUCCCAAGGGGCCUACCAACUGCACGUUUGACCCAUUCAGUGGCGGUUCAACCAGCCCGAACUCCCUCAACGUCACAGCCGCCUCUGUUCUCCCUUCACUUCAGUACAUUUUUCAGCAGAGUGUUAUUCAACGGGAAGAAAUUAUGAGGCUGAUCAAUUAUGUUGAGCAAACGUCUGGCAAGCAAUCCGAACCAGCCGAGAUAAGUAUCGAUGAACUCUUGCAGACACCUCCUGCUACAGCAAGAGAGAGAGAACUUCAGUCCCAACUCAUACAACUACAAGAAAGCAUAUGGAGCGUAACAGGAGAGCUGAAUAAACGGAAGCAGAUAAAUGGACAGUUGGAAAUUCAGUUAAACGGUUCGGAAGAAAAACGAGGCGCAAGAGAUUGAGACCUGAGAACGAGAAUGCCUAAGCUGAUUCCCGUCAAAGAAUAAAUUCUCAUAUAUAUUUAUACGUAACAUUCUUGCUGUAAUUUAUUAUACUGCUUAUUCUACACAGUUUUUUUCUAUUUAUUUCCUAUUUUUUUAGUUAGGGAUGUGUUUGUGAUUAUGGUUCCUUGCGAUACAGUUUUUGCCAGCAAUGACUCGCUCUUUUUUGCAA